GGUGUCGCUGGGUGUUAUUCUCUGAGAAAAUUCCCUAAAAACUAAGGAAAGACUUAGUUUUACGCAACUAAAACACUUGGAAUCUUUGCAUAAGCGUACGUUCUCUCAUUAUCACAUGUGUUUUGACUCUUAAAUGUGCUAGUUUAAUCAAAAUUCUGAAAUAUAUGGAGUGACAACUCUAACCACACUUUUGUCUGUAUCAAAACGUAAACAAAGUACGGAAAGCAAGAGAAAUGGAUAAUGAUAGUGAUACAGAUGAUAGAAAUGAGGUGGAUCUCACGGGAUUCCUCUUUGGGAACAUUGAUUCUUCCGGGCGACUGGAGGAGGACAUCUUUGACAGUGAAUCAAAGCGACAACUUGCAUCUCUCUCCAGAUUGGGCCUUAAUGCUCUUCUGAGCGAAGUGAUUAGUCUUCCGAGCGAUAAGAGCAGUCGCCGAAGCUCUGGAGAUGAUGACAGUGGCGAUGAGUUUCGUCGCCAAGAAUCUGAAGACGACACAACUGAGGAGGAUUUCACCACCAAAGCCGACACGGCGAUAGAUUACUCUGACAUAAAUGAGUUGGCUGAAGACUUGCCGGUGACAAUUGAACCGUCGGAGGCAGAGAAGGACAAUCCUGAGGAUGACUAUGAUAUUGAGGACGCCAUUCCGGUGAAUAAAGUGGCAGUUGAGAGCGGUUCUUCAGACGCUGCCGUGAAGAUUGACGACGACAAGCCAGUGGAGAAUGGAAACUCUGGCAGUGCAUCUGUUUCUUCUGACGACAAGGCACUGAUGCCGCCUCCAAGUGCUCCGCAGAAGACAGCAUCUGGAGAGGGUGAGCUGGAGGCGAAGGUUGAGGUGAAGGAAGAGAAAGUGGAUCUGUCGGGAGAUAAGAAGCUGGACACACCCUUGGCGGCGAUGCUUCCCUCAAAAUAUGCCAAUGUGGACGUUCGAGAGCUAUUCCCGGACUUUCGUCCCGACAAAGUGUUGAGAUUCUCACGACUUUUCGGCCCUGGAAAGCCGUCAAGUUUGCCACAGAUCUGGAGAAGUGUCCGGAAGAGGCGCAGAAAGCGCAAACAGUCGAGAGAUGGAGUGAAGAAGGAGGGAUCAGACUCGACUUCAGACACAGAUGAGCCUAAGAAGUUCCGUGGGUGGUAUUUAAAUUUCGCUCCAUCGCCGACAAAGGAGGAAUUGUGCUCGGAUGAUGAGGAGAAACUGCUGAGUGAGAUCACGGAUGCGAUCAAUGAAAAGUCUCCGGAGACGGGCGAAGCCGGUGACAACAAGCCAAAGGUUGCGGAUUGGAGAUUUGGGCCAGCUCAGGUGUGGUAUGAUAUGCUGGAGGUAGCAGACUCUGGAGAAGGAUUCAAUUAUGGCUUCAAGAUGCGAGAUGAGACGCAGAAGAGAGAGGAGAUUGUGAUUAAUGGCGAACCAAUUCCUGAUGAUGCUUAUUUGAUGGUUUCUCAACUCCACUGGGAAGACGAUGUUGUGUGGGAUGGCAAUGAUAUCAAGCACAAAGUGUUGCAGAAGCUCAACUCGAAGACAAAUGCAGCGGGGUGGUUGCCUUCGAGUGGUUCGAGGACAGCAGGAGCCUUCAGUCACACUGGAAAGGUGCUUCCUGUGACCACUCCUCUGCCAGGCACGAAGAUGGGCAACUCCCAGAGUGGGAAGAUGAGCAAAUCGCAAAUGAUAUCUCUGAUGCUCCAGAAGCCCGAGGAGGCGGAUGACACCUGGUACAGCAUCUUUCCGGUGGAGAAUGAAGAGUUGGUGUACAGCAAAUGGGAGGAUGAAGUGAUUUGGGAUGCAGAAUCCAUGGAAAAAGUGCCGAAACCUAAAGUUUUGACUCUGGAUCCCAAUGAUGAGAAUAUCAUUCUUGGGAUUCCCGAUGAUAUUGAUCCGUCAAAGGUGCAGAAGAAUACUGGACCACCGCCGAAGGUCAAGAUACCCCAUCCGCACGUGAAGAAGUCAAAGAUUCUGCUCGGAAAGGCGGGAGUGAUUAAUGUUUUGCAAGAGGACACUCCGCCACCGCCACCAAAAUCGCCAGAUCGCGAUCCUUACAACAUCUCAAAUGAUGUGUUCUACCAGGCGAAGUCUUCAGAGACGACUCUCAGACUCAAAGUGGGCGGAGGCAAUCUUAUUCAACACUCGACGCCCGUUGUGGAACUCAGAUCGCCAUUUAUUCCCACUCAUAUGGGACCAAUGAAGCUGAGGAGUUUCCACAGGCCACCGAUGAAGAAGUACUCUCACGGAGCACUGGCGGCAUCGAUCCCGCAUCCUGUGUUGCCUCUGCUGAAACACAUUCGCAAGAAGGCAAAACAGAGGGAGUUGGAGAGAAUCGCUUCGGGUGGUGGAGAUGUGUUCUUCAUGCGAAACCCAGAGGAUCUCACGGGACGUGAUGGAGAGAUGAUUCUGGUGGAGUUCUGCGAGGAGCAUCCGCCGCUGAUGAAUCAGGUGGGAAUGUGCUCGAAGAUCAAGAACUACUACAAGAGGAAGGCGGCCAAGGAUUCUGGACCACCAGAAUAUAAGUACGGCGAAGUGGCUUAUGCCCACACGAGUCCAUUCUUGGGCAUCCUGGCGCCGGGUCAUGUCAUCCAAGCUGUGGAGAAUAACAUGUAUCGUGCUCCAAUUUAUCCGCACAACAUCAAUUCGUCGGACUUCCUGCUCAUCCGCACGCGGAACACUUACUUCAUCCGUGAGAUUGACUCGCUGUUCACGGCUGGACAGCAGUGUCCGCUGUACGAGGUGUUCGGGCCGAACAGCAAGAGGGCGAAUAACUUCGUCAGGGACUUCCUGCAGGUGUUCAUCUAUCGAUUGUUCUGGAAGAGUUCGGACAAUCCGCGAAGGAUUCGCAUGGAUGACAUCAAGAAGGCUUUUCCGGCGCACAGUGAGAGCAGCAUCAGGAAGAGACUGAAGCAGUGUGCUGACUUCAAGAGGACCGGCAUGGAUUCCAACUGGUGGGUGAUUAAGCCGGAGUUUCGGCUGCCCAGUGAGGAGGAGAUUCGCUCGAUGGUGUCUCCGGAGCAAUGUUGUGCGUACUUUAGCAUGAUUGCGGCUGAACAGAGACUGAAGGAUGCCGGUUAUGGGGAGAAGUUUAUCUUUGCGCAGCAAGAGGAUGACGAUGAGGAGAUGCAGCUGAAGAUGGACGAUGAGGUGAAGGUGGCGCCUUGGAAUACAACGAGAGCCUACAUUCAAGCCAUGAGGGGAAAGUGUUUGCUUCAACUCACCGGUCCUGCAGAUCCGACAGGCUGUGGUGAGGGAUUCUCCUACGUUCGUGUGCCCAAUAAGCCAACACAGACGAAGGAGGAGCAGGAGAGUCAGCCGAAGAGGACAGUAACGGGAACGGAUGCUGAUUUGAGGAGACUUUCUUUGAACAAUGCCAAAGCACUGCUGAGGAAAUUCCAGGUGCCCGAGGAGGAGAUCAAGAAGCUGUCUCGAUGGGAGGUUAUUGAUGUGGUGAGAACGUUGUCCACUGAGAAGGCCAAAGCUGGUGAGGAGGGAAUGGAUAAGUUCUCUCGUGGAAACCGAUUUUCCAUUGCGGAACAUCAGGAGCGCUACAAGGAAGAGUGUCAGAGGAUCUUUGAUCUGCAGAAUCGCGUCCUGGCAAGUGAGGAAGUUCUCUCGACGGACGAGGGUGAGUCCACGGCGUCUGAGGAGUCAGAUUUGGAGGAGUUGGGAAAGAAUUUGGAGAACAUGCUGGCCAACAAGAAGACCUCAACGCAGCUGUCUCUGGAGCGUGAAGAGCAGGAGCGUCAGGAGCUGCUGAAGAAGAUCAUGGAGGAGCAAGGAGGCACACCGAAGGGAGCUAAAGGGAAGAAAGAGGAUGAACAGGCGGCCAAUUUGAACAAUCCUCAGACGGGAAGGAUUCUAAAGAUCACCAGGACAUUUAAAAAUGCCGAAGGGAAGGAGUUUACGCGUGCGGAAAUUGUCCGUCGACAGCCGGUAAUUGAUGCAUACAUAAAGAUCAGGACGACAAAGGAUGACUCCUUCAUCAAGAGCUUCGCCACACUGGAUGAGGCACAGAAGGAGGAGAUGAAGCGAGAGAAGAGGAGGAUUCAGGAGCAGCUGAGGCGCAUCAGGAGAAAUCAGGAGAAGGUGGGCAUGAUGAGUCAUCUUCAUUCGACGCCUGGGAAUCCCAUCAGUCUGGGCGAUCGGGGCAGUGUUAGUUCGCACAGUAGUGGUCCAACGCCCAGUCACACGCCCACGAUUCCCAACAGCAGCAAGGAUAUUAGUCCGCCGAGGCGGAAGACCAAGUUCAAGCAGGAUUUGAAGCUGAAGUGCGGCGCCUGCGGUCAGGUGGGUCACAUGAGGACCAACAAGGCUUGUCCGCUGUACACGGGGGCGCCAGGACCCACGCCACCGCUCAAUGUGGCUCUGACGGAGGAACAGGAGGAGGAGAUUGAGAAGGAGCUGAAUGCCGAUGAUGAGGAUCUCGUGAAUGUGGACGGGACGAAGGUGAAGCUGAGCGGGAAGUUGUUGAAGCGUCAUGAGGAUGUGAAGCGUCGCACGUUGCUGCUGAAGGUGCCCAAGGAUGCCGUGGGAAGGAGGAAGAGACGCGCCGGUCUGGAUGUUCACUGUGACUAUUUGAGGCACAACAAGACGGCCAAUCGACGUCGCACGGAUCCUGUGGUUGUUCUUUCGUCGAUCCUGGAGCAGAUUCUGAACGAUAUGCGAGAUUUGCCAGAUGUGCAACCCUUCAUGUUUCCGGUGAAUGCUAAGUUAGUGCCUGAUUACUACAGAAUCGUGCAGAGACCGAUGGACUUGCAGACCAUCAGGGAGAAUCUGCGGCAGAAGAGAUAUCAGAGUAGAGAAGAGUUCCUCGCGGAUGUGAAUCAGAUUGUGGAGAACUCAACAGUGUACAAUGGGCCGAAGAAUCUGCUGACCAUAGCGGCUCAGAGGAUGCUGCAGAAGUGUGUGGACAAGUUGGCGGAGAAGGAGGAGCGUCUGAUGAGGCUGGAGAAGGCGAUCAAUCCGCUGCUCGAUGAUGAUGAUCAGGUGGCGCUGUCGUUCAUCUUCGAGAAGCUGAUGACGAACAAGCUGAAGGUGAUGCAGGAGGCGUGGCCGUUCCUCAAGCCUGUCAACAAGAAGCAGGUGAAGGACUACUACACUGUCAUUAAGCGGCCCAUGGAUCUGGAGACGAUCACGAAGAAGAUUGCAGCGCAUAAGUACCACUCCAGGGAGGAGUUCCUUCAGGAUGUGGAGCUAAUAGCACGGAAUUGUGAGCAGUAUAAUGGCAGUGAGUCCAACUUUACGAAGCAGGCGAAGCUCAUUCUGGACUGCGCCAGGAAUGCUCUGGAUGAGUUUGGCGAGCACUGUGCCCAUCUGGAGGGGAAUAUUGCACAGGUGCAAGAGAGGGCGCGCAAUGAGGCGGAACUGGACGCAUCCUGGGCGGAUGAUGAGCAGGAGACGCGUGGCAACAGCUCAGCCGAGGAGUAUGUGGACAUUGAGGCGAGCGAGAGGCCGACAUCCGCCGCGUCCGCAGACCCACAGUCGUCGCGCUCUCUGGGGCCCCAGAUCAUUCCGGCGCUGCCCGAGGUGAAGCGCGGCCGCGGAAGACCGAGGAAGGCCAGAGACACAGUUGAAGACGUUAAAUUGUGGGGCAUGAAACGAGGUCGUGGACGUCCGCGUAAAGACAGCCACACUUCAAAUUUAAGUAGUACACAAAAUACGUAUUUGGAAGAAGAUUUGCAAUACUCCACGGACGACGAGGAGUUCGAGGAGGUGGGAAGUGACAAUGAGCACGAGAGCGUUGUGGAGACUUUAGCCCAGGGAGAGGGUCUGAAUCGCAGUGGUUCGGUUGUAAGCGGCGGAGGUGGAGGAAAUUCAAUUGGUGUGCACGGUGAUGAUGACAGUCAGCAAGCGGCGGAAGCGAUGGUGCAGCUCAGUGGCAUUGGCUUCUACAAUCAGCCCCAGGAUGAGUCGAUUGACAUGGAUCCAAAUUACGAUCCGUCGGACUUCUUGGGGAUGACAUCGAGCACGUCUGCGGCGCCUUUGCGACCUUCUCAGCCGCUCCUGGAGGUGCCGCCGGAGAUUCCGGUGACUGUCGAAGAGCCUGCCGUGAUGGUGAACCCAAGUGUCGCGAUCCAGGAUGAUUUAGCCAUCUCGGACACAGACGAAGAGGACAACAACCUUAUCCUGAGCAUCACGAAGGAUGAGCCCAAUAUGGACAACAAUGAGGGUGAUUUGUGGUUCUAAGAUCACUCCGCCGCCGCCGCAUUGCUUCCUGUAAGUCCGAAUCUUCUCUCCAUUAUUAUUUUCUGUUUCUAUGCGAGUUGAGAAUCACUUGUGUGUUGGGAAAUACACGGAAUUCUAGAGCAA